GAUGGUUCUCUUACUUUCUCUGCCUGGAGAGUGAGAAAGCCACAGAAUCGCAAGAUGGGAUUACUCCAGUUGAUAUGAUAUAACCGAGGAGACAGUGGCAGCAUUCUCGGUUUGAACCGGCAGCGAAAAUGAAGUCGCGAUUCAACACCAUCGAUAUCCGAGCGAUUGUAUCUGAACUGCAGAGCUUACUGGGAAUGAGGGUAAACAAUGUGUAUGAUGUGGACAACAAAACAUACCUCAUUCGACUUCAGAAGCCAGAAUCAAAAGCUGUACUUUUGGUUGAAUCUGGCAUCCGGAUCCACACAACUGAGUUUGAAUGGCCAAAGAAUAUGAUGCCUUCAGGCUUUGCAAUGAAGUGCCGCAAACAUUUAAAAUCGCGAAGAUUGAUCCACAUUAAGCAACUUGGUGUUGAUAGGAUAGUUGAUUUUCAAUUUGGCUCUGAUCAAGCAGCUUAUCAUGUGAUUGUUGAACUAUAUGACCGAGGUAACAUAAUCCUCACUGACAAUGAGUAUACAAUUCUAAAUCUCCUGCGUUUCCGUACUGAUGAGGUGCAAGAUGUGAAGUUUGCUGUUCGUGAACGAUAUCCUGUUGAUCGUGCUAAAGGUCCAGAGCCUCCACUAUCUUUAGAGAGGUUGACUGAGGUCUUGGCUAAUACACCAAAAGGAGAACAAAUAAAGAAAGUACUCAAUCCCCACCUUUCUUGUGGAGCAACACUGAUUGAACAUUGCCUGAUCAAAUUUGGAAUCUCGAGUAACACAAAAGUAGGCGAAGAUUUUGAUUUGUCUAAAGAUGGAGUGAAACUUUUGGCUGCUCUACAGUCGGCUGAGGAUUUUAUGGAGAUGACAGCUAACUUUAAAGGACAGGGUUAUAUAAUACAGAAACAAGACAGAAAGCCAAGUUUGGAUCCAGACAAACCACCUGAGGAGUUAUUAACCUAUGAGGAAUUUCAUCCGUUUCUUUAUGAACAGCAUGCAAAGUAUUCUUGCAUAGUGUUCGACUCAUUUGAUAAGGCAGUUGAUGAGUUUUACUCAAAGCUAGAAAGCCAGAAAAUAGACUUAAAAGCUUUGCAACAGGAAAAACAAGCAUUGAAGAAACUGGAAAAUGUUCGUAAAGACCAUGAAAAAAGAUUGGAUGCACUACAAGCAAAUCAGGAAUAUGACAAGUUGAAAGGAGAGCUAAUUGAGAUGAAUCUGAAUGCUGUUGAUAAAGCUAUUGAAGUGAUACGCAGUGCCUUAGCUAAUCAGAUUGACUGGACAGAAAUUGGGAGCAUUGUAAAAGAAGCACAGGAACAAGAAGAUGCAGUAGCUUGUUCCAUUAAAGAGCUGAAGCUGAACACCAACCACAUUACUAUGUUGCUGAAAAACCCAUAUAUAAGUGAUGAUGAAGAUCAAGACGAUAUUGAUCUGGAUGAAGAUGUUCAAAAUGAACAAGCAAAGGCCAAAAAGAAAAAGGAUAAAAAGAAGCAGCAAAAGAAAAUGCUACAAAAAAACAGACCAGUGUUAGUGGAUGUGGAUCUUAGUCUGUCUGCUUAUGCUAAUGCAAAAAAAUAUUAUGAUCACAAAAGGCAUGCAGCAAAGAAGGAACAGAAGACAGUUGAAGCUGCAGAAAAGGCAUUUAAAUCAGCGGAGAAAAAGACAAAAAGAACCUUAAAAGAAGUUCAAACUGUUAUUACAAUUCAGAAGGCAAGAAAAGUAUAUUGGUUUGAGAAGUUCUUGUGGUUUAUCAGCAGUGAAAACUACCUCGUUAUAGCUGGUCGAGACCAGCAACAAAAUGAGUUGAUUGUCAAACGGUAUCUUAAAUCAGGUGAUAUUUAUGUACAUGCUGAUCUCCAUGGUGCUACCAGCUGUGUCAUCAAGAACCCAAAAGGGGAACCAAUUCCACCACGUACAUUAACUGAAGCUGGCACAAUGGCAGUUUGCUACAGUGCUGCAUGGGAAGCACGUGUAAUUACUAGUGCUUGGUGGGUCUAUCAUAAUCAGGUAUCAAAGACAGCACCCACAGGAGAAUAUCUGACCACAGGAAGUUUCAUGAUCAGAGGUAAAAAGAACUAUCUUCCACCUUCGUAUCUUAUGAUGGGAUUUGGCUUUUUAUUUAAGGUUGAUGAACAAUUUAUAUGUAGGCACGUAGGUGAGCGGAAAGUAAAAGUGCAAGAUGAAGACAUGGAGACGGUAACUAGCAGCACAUCGGAACUAUUUUCUGAGGAUACUAUACCUUUAGCCCAGUCAGACAAUGAUGAAAGCAGUAGCGAUGAAAACCAGGAGACUGGUACAGAAGCUGGAAACAAUCAUUGUGAAGAGAUGAAGGGGAUUGGAGAAGGUCAGCAGGAUGAGAGCAGUAGUGAUGAUGACAAAGAGGCUCCUACACAAGCUGGAAAAGACCAGUGUAAAGAGGUGCACAGGGUUGCAGAUGUUCAACAGAACAAUGAUGAUAGCAGUAGUUCUGAUGAUACAGAGACCAGUAUUGAAGCUGAAAACAACCAGCAUGAAGAGGUGAAAAGAGCUGCAGCGGAUCACCAGGACACUGAGAGCAGUAGUGGUGAUGAGAAAGAGGUGAGUAAAGAAACUGAUAACAAGCAGUGCAAAGAGGUGCAAGUGACUGCAAAGGACCAAAAGGACAAGGCCGAAGAUGAAUUGGACAAACAAGCUGAAAAGGAGGAUGAUCUGAAAGAAUCUGGAGAUUUGCAGAAGGUUGAGAUAGAUCAGGAUGAAGAAGAAAAUGCAAAAUUUAGUUAUCCUGACACAGCUAUUGAUCUGUCACAUCUUCAGUCUAAGAGAUCUAUCCAGAUACAUAACACAUCAUCGAAAGAAGAACUGAUUGAAGAAAUAUGGGUUGAUGGGAAAUCACAAAGUCGGAAACACCUAUCAGUCAAAGAAAGGAAAGAAAUGAAGAGAAAGAAAAAAUUGGCGUCUGAGGACUCUGAACAAAUAAUUCAGUUAGAAACUAGAAAAACACAAUCUGUGGAAGAACAGGAUACAAAAAAAUCAUCAUCUUCUCAACAGCCUUUGAAAAGAGGACAAAAGGCUAAACUGAAGAAAAUUAAAGAAAAAUAUAAAGAUCAAGAUGAAGAGGAUCGUGAAUUAAUGAUGAAAUUACUUGGGUCAGCAGGCUCAAGUAAAGAGGAAAAGACGAAGAAAGGUAAAAAGGGAAAAGCAAAAAAAACUACUAAAACACAGCAGGUGAAGCAGCAGUCUUCAAACAAAACGAGUAGUGUUGAAAGCAAAGAGCAAAAUCUCGACCAUGUUACACAUCAUAUGGCAGAAGUUACUAUAGAGGAGAGUGCUGUCGAAGAUCAUCAAGAAGACCAGGACGAACCAGAGCAAGAUCUGCAAGCGGCUGAGGAGGGUGAGAAAUUGCUGAACUCACUAACUGGUCAGCCUUAUCCGGAUGAUGUGUUGCUGUUUGCUGUACCUUUCUGUGCUCCAUACACUGCCAUGAAUAAUUAUAAAUACAAGGUGAAACUCACACCUGGAACACAGAAAAAAGGGAAGGCGGCUAAAACAGCCUUGCACAACUUCAUGCAUUCCAAAGAAGCCAUGCCACGGGAAAAAGAUUUAUUACGCAGUGUGAAGGAUACAGAUUUGUCAAGAAACAUACCUGGCAAGGUGAAGGUUUCAGCGCCUAAUUUAUUAGCUAAUAAACGGAAGUAAUUACAUGGGAUUUACAUUGGUUUGAAUUUACAUGACAGUCCUUGGAGACAUUAAUAUGUAGCACAUCUAAAGAAAACCCCAGAGAGCUGAUUGAUUAAAAAUUUAAAUAUGACCAGAAUAAGUGAUUAACACGUGUCUGUGCUUGGUUUUGUGCUGCUUGAAGCUUAGAAAUAAAGCUGCUGUUGAAUAGA